CAACGUCUGGUAUGUGUGCGUCACUGGUCAAAACAGGGCUUGAGACUCUUAAGCAUGCCAAAGCUUUCACUAGUCUCUCCAGGAACGAAACAUUAUCCAGAGAUCUUAGGAGUGGAGACAGCCAAGAGGCUGUUGCAAUCUGCCGUCGAGUCAUCGAGUUCUAUAAAGUCAUCGACAAGACUGCCCCAGAAGCAAAUCGCCGAAACGACUCGGCGUCCAAAGAUUCCUGGGCAGUCUUUACAGAGAAGAACCGUGUGGCAUUUUCUGACAGUGUUCUGGAUAGGCAUUCUUUCUACUCAAACUUCUCUCAGUCUAGGCCGGGCAGAAUGUCUGCACUCAUGAAGGAGAUUGCAUCUCUUACCACGUCGCUACCUCCUGGAAUCUUUCUGAAGAUCUCAGAAAGUCGACCAGAUGUCAUGAAGGCUCUGAUUGCGGGCGUGGAGGGUUCGGUCUAUGAAGGAGGGCUAUUUGCGUUUGAUAUUGCCUUGCCUCAAGAUUGGCCUGUCGAUCCACCUAGGGUUCACUUUGUGCUGGAGGGGCAUGACUCGCAUAGAGAUGGGUUCAAUCCUAAUCUGUAUGCCACCGGUGAACUCUGUCUCUCGCUGUUGAACACGUUCCCAGCCUGCUCCCCAGAGCAGAAGUGGCAGCCCAAUCGAUCCACGCUCUCGUCAGUCUUUGUGAGUAUCCAGGCAAUGAUCCUUGGUACUUCAAAUCCGCACGCGAAUGAGGUCGGGUGUGAUAAGGAGACAGAAGAGAGCAGCGCGUACGCGAGGCAGUACAAUGAUGGUGCCAGACGCCAAGUCGUCCAAUACGCCAUAUUAUACUGGCUAAGGAGCAGUUCGGCCAAGAGAAGUAUCUGGUAUGAUAUCGCCGAGCAAUAUUACAAGAACAAGCGUAAAGAGGUUAUUGCUCGUGUGAAGUACUUGGGAGGAAGGGACAAUGAAAUCUGGAUGGCGGCAAAGGAUGUUGAGAAAUGUCUUGGUGGGUAUAGCAGUACGAGCUAUCAGAGCAGGCAUCGGUGACACGGAUAAGCAAGUAGCCGAGCUUUCGUGCAUCCAGGGAUUGUUGCUUGGAUGGUUGAUUGCAUAUUGAGCGUUAGGAUUUGGAGUUGCGUUGCAAGCAGAGCUAAUUCGGUCUUUGUGCCGCGGAUGCUUUUAAGCCUGAUGUUUUUAUGGACUCACCUUUGCAAUGAGCCACUUAGGGAUGGUAAAUGAUCAUGAAUACUACUGAGUCGGAGAUGGAGAAGGAUGAUGAUAGAGCUGAGAGACAGUGUAUGGUUUGGGG